CCGCCUAGCAAAAUCAUUAUCUACUGACCUAUAACUACAUCUAUCGCAUGCUGGACUAACUAUUGUGAUGUAUAGUCUAAUAAGAGAUGUCUAGUUUCGGCAUAGGGGUGUAUUGUUUGGCGGUGAUUUGGUUUGUAACGUUUAUGCUGUGUUGGGUGUCGGUGCGUACGGGCCACUACAUCGGGAAGAUCGCGGUGCCAGUGUCUGCAGUGAUAACCAUUAUUUUAUUAGCUUUGCCAAAAGGGGAGGGCAAUAGUUCUGCCAAUUUUUACGAUAGACUGUUCGUGUUUAGAUUCGCUGUUCUGUCGUUUUUGCUAGCUAGUGUGGUCGUUGGUAGCGCGUACUGCGUCGCUCAUGUGUGUUUAACUCCUCUUGAAACUACUAAAAUCAGGCGAUUGGGCUCUGUAAACUAAGAAAGACGCCAUGUCGUCCGCGCUGAGCCGCGGUCUCCGCUCGCCGCUGCGGUUAGCGGCGCGCCGCACCAUCUCCACAUCCAUCGUUCACAACGAGACCAUACUCGUCAAGAACAAUGAGGAGUUUGUCAACAAGGUGAUGAACAACGAUAAACCAGUCAUAGUGAAUUUCCACGCGGAAUGGUGCGAGCCGUGCAAGAUUCUCACACCGAAGCUUCGAGAAUUGAUCGAACCUUUAGGAAACUUGGAUCUGGCUGUGGUUGACGUAGAAGACAAUGCUGAACUGGUACAAACAUUUGAGGUGAAAGCAGUUCCGGCAGUAAUAGCGAUCAAAAACGGGCUGAUAGUGGACAAGUUCAUCGGGCUGGUGGACGCCGACAUGAUUACCAACCUCAUUGACCGGAUGUCCGGCAAAAAGAAAGAUGGCGCGUAAAUGGCUCAGUGCAGUGUGGAGUGUGGGGACAGAAACUAAAAGAUAAUAGUGGAUUUAGAAAAAGAAUAACAGUAUCCUUUUCUUAGAACAGAAAGACGAGAAACAAAAGAAUAUAAAAUAUGAUCAAUUCAACUUGCCGAUAGGAAAAGGCGCUAAAUUCAAAAUUUAUAUAAACAAAUAUUAUUCAUACUAACUUUUAUUUCGCGCCUUUUUCGACUGAGAAGCUGUGCCAGAGUAUACAUGUUAUACGCGUAUUUAGAGAUGAAAAUGUUGAUUUAUUUUGUAUUCCUUUGAUGGGGUUAGGUAGCUUGACGAGGUUGCCCCAUGUUUCUUGAAACUUUUUUCCAAAACGCCUACUGAAAAUGCGUCUGGUUUGAAUCGUCUUUUUCAAAGUUCUAGCCCUAGUUCAGACACAGCGGAAACCGCGCGGAUCUAAUUUUAACAGCAUAGUACUGCGGGUGUAGUGUGAACGGUCUAGUACUAUGCUAUUAAAAUAAGAUCCACGCGGUUGAUCCGCGCGGUUUGCAUCCGCGCGGUUUCCGCUGUGUCUGAACUAGCACCUAUUGUUUUUAAUAUAAUUCAGUUUCCCUUCUCACACUUUCUCUUUCUUUAUCGUAAUAGUCAAGAUUUAAGUUUUUACUUGGUAAUGGUUUGAAUAUUGUGCCUGAAAAAGUACCUAAAAGAAGUUUUUGAGCCACCAUUUUAUGCCAGUACCCAAUUUGUAAAUAAGUUGUAAUAUUUUUUGUAUUCGUUUUUGUGUAGGUAGAAAUUAAUUUGUUAAAGCAAUAAUUUUAUAAUUGUCUAAAUGUAAGCUAUCUCGCAAUUUUCGUGAUAUACGUAGAUAGAUUUGUUAAUAUAUUAUUUGAGUUCACACGCCCAAUAAGAUAUAGUCAAUACAAAUGUAGCCCUUAUUUUUCUCCUAAUAUGAAUUAAUUCAGUACAAUAAUUUAUGUAUUAAAAUAAGAAUUUAUAUAUUAAACUUAGGCUGUCAUAAAAAACUUUCUAAUCAAAGCCUAGUCUAUGUAAGACUGCUUUAUUAUAUUCAUAAACUAUACAUCUAAGUAUAAUUUUUACAUAUAUACUCGUAUUUUUAUUUCUACAGGUACAGUCAUAUUUACAGACGAGCGAGUUGUGGUUUUCCGAAAGUUUUAAUACAAAAAAAAAAAAUCAGUAAAAGAAACAUAGUUAAUGGAAAAUUAGUCGCCAUACAAAAAAAGUAUCCGAAUUUUAUCCACGUGUAUUAUUUCGGAAACUUUGGCGGCAAAUUAAGAACUAUGUAGUAUCAGAAGAAUAGAAAAGGAGUCCCAAUUUUUUUAGAAGCCUAAAAUGUAACAAAGGCCAAAAUCUGAUAGGGUUCCUAGAAAUAACGUCUUUUGAGAAAACUGCGAAACCUGUUUAAAUAAUUUCAUAUGUAUAGACAAUGUCCGUAAAAAUGUUUCACUAUUUGAAGUUGGUUUUAGUAUAGUUGCAAUUUAAGAAAAAAAAAUGUACUGUGACAAAUAACAAAUUAUACAGUAAGUUAAGAAUUGUAUUAGUAUCUGUAUACUGUACCGCACUUGACAUAUCGCUUUGCUGGCCUUCAAAGUAGCUAGACUCCGUCACGUAAUACAUGAACGUAGUAACUGCAAAUAAAAUGAUACUAUCAUGUGUUAGUGCUUGCAUACUAAUUUUGACAUGAGCAGUGAGGAGGUACAUUGAAAGGCUAGGGUAGAGGUCGCCACUGCACUACAGUCGAUUGUGGGUAAGCGUAGUCCACAAUCCAGGAAAAAAAUAUAUACGUAAUACAUACAUACAUA